AUGACGGCAUUACCUGGAGACAGUGGUAUGUGGUUGUAUUUUAAGACAUUGACAUUCAUAACAAUGUUUGUAACAUACUUAUUUUUCUGGUUUACACUAAUUUUGUGUACUACGAAUGCGUUCUUUCUAUUCAACGCCAACGACAAUGCGUGCCCAGCCUCUUGCGAGUGCGUCACAAUCUUCAAUUUGCAAGAAGUGGAUUGUCAUGGACUCACAUCAGUACCGUCUGGAAUACCAUCAAAUACACGGAUCCUUGAUUUACGUUUGUGUGACCUUACCUCUGUCCAUGUUGACCAACUGAUCAAUGUAACAGAUCUCCAGAUGUUCACUUUUCGAGAAGCUUUAAAUGACGAAGAAUUUUAUAAUCUCACCACUCUGCAGCUACAAAACCUAUUUCAAAUCAAUAUUGUUGAUAGUCCAUUGUCUUCUGUACCACAGCUCCUGCCAAGUUAUAUAAUUGAAUUGAGCCUGGUUAACACCUCAUUAAAAACACUAAGAUCGGGAAGUUUUCAAAAUUACCAAAAAUUAAAAAUGAUUACACUAUGGAAUUGCCAGUUGGUACAUAUAGAAUCAGGAGCCUUUGACGAUUUGCCUGCUUUGAUUUCUCUUGAUUUACAUGACAACAAUCUAGUUGAUGACAGCUUUUCGCCACACAUGUUUCGAGAAAACCGUGUCCUCCAGAGUGUAACUCUUAACUCAAAUAAAUUAACUCAUGUUGUUUCCAACUUACCGGACUCGUUGACUGAUGUUGAUUACUACAACAAUUCUAUCACUACACUUCAAGCAUGGGCAUUUAAGUUCACGCCAAAUCUAACAACGAUAGGUUUACAACAAAAUAAUAUCAAAACAAUUCAAGAUUACGCAUUUGAUGGUCUAUUGAAGGCUAAAGAAGUCGAUUUAAGCCAUAACGAAAUCAACACAGUGUCAAAUUAUUCGUUUUCUGGUCUAACCGGGGUUACCAAGUUGAAUAUCCGAGACAACAAUAUCAAGAAUCUGGAGAAAGAAGCGUUCAGUCCAUUCAUGUCAUUGCGUGAACUGAUAAUCGACGACAAUCAGAUUGCUGCGAUAGAAGAUUUUACGUUUCAAGCUAUGGCUAGCUUAGUUACAAUCGAUCUAACCAAUAAUAAACUUGUCCAAAUAACCAACAAUACUUUCACCGGAUUACAUUCACUCCAAGAAAUGGAUAUCACUGGUAACGUUAUACAAAAUAUUGAGCCGGAAGCAUUUAUAUCUUUAAAAUCUUUGAGAUUCUUACGCAUUAUUAACAAUCGUCUUGAACGUCUGCAACCAGAAGUGCUAAACAACGUCCCGGCAGGUACAACUGUGUAUCUGGGAGGAUUGAACCCGUGGAAAUGUGACUGUCAUUUGAGAUGGUUGAGAGAGGCUGUGGACAAUGCCACUUACCAUAUCCAAUACCCCAACGCCAUGAGAUGUGCAACACCAAUGAAACUGGCUGGAAAAUAUUUUAGUGACCUCAACCCCAGUGAUUUUGUUUGUACAUAGAGGAUCGUUGAAGAACAUAUACAUAAAAUAAACGGUUGCUAUAAGCAGAAAAUGAUAUUUUUAAAACAAAUAUUACAAUUACCAUGCUGGUUUUCUUAAAAGGACACAACUAGCUUUCUUUCUUUUUUUAAAUGACCAUUAUAAUUUUUAGAGAUAUAAUGAUGAAAAUCUAGUCACUUAACCAACAGUUCUUUACUCUAGUGACCUCGCUUAUAUAGUUUGAAGGUGAAAAAAUAUGAUGUGGAAUAAAAGAAGGUUAAGGCAACCUAUAAGUUCUGUACAAGCAUAUUAUGACUUAACAACAACACGAGUAAAUCAGCCAUGUUACAUUAACAUUAUAUUUUUGUAUAUUAUAAUCUGCUGGAAUAAUUCCGUUGAUAAGCUUUCCUAGAUACACUGCAUUUUCGUGGAUUUAAGAACACAAACAGUACCUAACUAAUGUAAAAGUGUUUAUUUUUUGUUAUAUACUCGUACAUUGCAUUAUAUGGCAAUAAGUCUAAACAUACUUUUAUACCCGUAGUUACGCUUGAAUUUUUAAUUUAAAAGCACGUAAUAUUCAUUUAUAAAAUAUUAAUAUUUUCAUUCAUAUCUUAAAGCUGCAUGCCUCAAGAUGAGCCAAAAUAUUUCAAGAAAAUUAAACUUGAGAAAAUAUACUACAAUUCUAAGAAAAGUAGAAAUAUUUAAUAUUUAGGUAAUAAUUCACAUGUCACUUGCGAUUAAGGACUGAUUUUGCAGUAUUUAUCAUCAUAUUUCUACUAUGUUACUAACGCAGUAAGGGCUAUUUUUGUUUAUUUUGACUCUUUUUGGUAAUUUAUUUCGAUUUAAGUGCUGUUUGCAAUCUGUUUGUUAUUUUUGUUUAAUUAACAAUAUCUUACUUUUAAAUACAAUUUUAAAUUUUUCAUGAAAAAUAGCAUGAACGAUGCAUGCUGCUUUAACAUACAUAACGAAUGUAAAAUUAUUAUCUUUCUGAGCAGCUAUAUGUUAUCAAUCCUAUAUAACGCAUCUAAAUUGGUUAGCAAGUUUUGCUUUAAAUUCUACUUUUUACAUUUUUGUAUUGCAAACAACCGUUUAUAUACGGCCCGGCCCUAUAACCUGUCAGAAAUAUUUUUAACGAAUAUAUUAUACAUCAUUUUUUGAGAAAUAAAUCGAGAAUUCUUCAUAAAUCGACAGCAGUCGUUUAUAUUAUUAGUUAUAAAGAUCGUUGACAGGUUAUAUGGCCCUAUAUAAACGGCUAUUUGUAAAUAUAACCCGAGCCGUUAGGCGAGGGUUAUAUUGCAAACAGCCGUUUAUAUACGGCCAUAUAACCUGUCAACAAUCUUUAUAACGAAUUUAUAAUACAGCAAGCAUCAUUUUGUGGAGAAAAAGUAAGAUAUCGACAGCAGCCGUGUAUAUAAAUCUAUAUAAACGUCACGGUUAUCCAAUGAAAAGCGACGUUACAAACGUGCAGUAUUA